AUGCCUCUAAUCAAUGGAAUGAAGAUGGCCUGUGAGCCCUGUAUUCGAGGCCACCGAUCAACGAAAUGUACCCACGCGAACGAAAGACUUAUGGUUCCUGUCAGGAAGCCCGGCAGACCACUCAGCGUCUGCCCACACCCCCCACAACAGGCAUGUGGCUGUGGCAGUGUAACGGCAGCAAUCCCCAGAAAGCAGACGUGCCAUUGUGGCAGUGAUACGCAUGCGCAGAGCGCGGUGGCGCAUAAUGGAGGUCCUCCUAUGCCGCCAGAGGCACCUUCACCAACAAAGGUUGCAUUCAAGGUGCAAAAGACCUCAUUGAAACAAUUAUCGGGCAGGAGACAGUCCUUCGACCCUGUGAACUUCGAGAGAAUGAACAUGAGCCAGGUCAAUGUGCUUCCCUAUGAACAACGAUCUCAGAAUAUUCCCGUAUCGAUGGCCAAUGGAUAUACAAUGACUGGACCCCCACAAGGUUAUAAAUUUGAACCUCAGUUUGCGAAUAUGCAACCGCAAUACAGCCAUGUGUCUAUGCAACCGCCUCCCAAUCCGAAUGGCAUAAGUGGGAACGGUGUUCAUGCAAGCUCAACAAAUGGUUAUACCAAUGGAAUGAACGGUAAUGGGAGUCUUGAGCAUGUAAUUGAAAGUCCUCUGGCUAUGCCAACAACAUAUGGAAGCGGAGACUCUGGCAAAUUUAUAAAUGGUGGUCCUUAUGGAUCUCCUGACACCAUGAAUGGCGAAAUUCAGACAGCCACGAACGGUAGAUCCUGCUGUGCUCCAAAUCAGAAGACCCAUAGCCAUACAUCAAGCGCCAGCUCGAUUUCAGACUCGGAGGGAACGGCCCAAAAAAGUUGUUGUGUUCCAAAGCUGAAACCAAAAUUCAAACAAGAGCCAGCAUCGAACGGUGGAUCGGUACAUGCAGCUCCUCACAUGACGUCUCAGAUACUUCCGCAAAAUGGUAUAAAUGGAAUGGCGUUUAAUACAGCUGCAUAUCCCCAAUACGGACCUCAGCCUACGGUUUUCACAUACCCGGCGACAUAUGGUUCCUUCCAAAACCCUCUUCAACCUUCCGCGUGGAGAGAGAGUGUGCGAUCAAACAACUAUUCGCAAGUCCCUUUACCUCCUGGCUCGCUACCGUUUGAUGCACCUCUCGUUCCAGAAAAUCUCGAUACUGUUCAUACGUGUAGCUGUGGCGACGGCUGCCAGUGUAUUGGAUGCGCCGCACAUCCGUAUAACGACGCAAGCCGAGAAUACGUCUGGUCAGCCUGGGCAUCCAUGAAUUCAGAGGGGCCAGCUAGCGAACUGUACAAUAACCCUCAACCUCCCACGAACGGGAAUAUAUCUUCUCAACCGCCGCCAGUUAACACAAUCUCUUCACCGACAGCACACACCCCAUCAAGUACUACUUCUGGAAACGACGAAGAGCAGACGCUAUCAGCAGCGGACUUCUUCUUCGUAAACUACCCUUUCACAUCAGAUAGCUGCGGCGGAGACACGCAAAGUUGUCCAUGUGGAGAUGACUGCCAAUGUCUAGGCUGCACCAUCCAUAGACAACCUGCCAUUCCUUGCGGUGGAGAAGAAGAGGGCUGCCCUUGUGAGGCACAUUGCCAGUGUAUAGGAUGCUCAAUACAUGGUAACGCCAUCGCGGUAUAA